AUGUUUUCUGUUACUCUUUUGCUGAUAACACAGACAAUCCUGAACUCCAUGCACAAGUACCAGCCAAGGUUUCAUCUGGUGAGGGCGAACGACAUUCUGAAACUUCCAUAUUCUACGUUCAGGACGUACGUCUUCAAGGAGACAGAAUUCAUAGCAGUCACAGCGUACCAAAACGAAAAGAUUACGCAACUUAAGAUAGACAACAAUCCAUUUGCCAAAGGAUUCAGGGAUACUGGAGCUGGAAAGCGGGAGAAAAAGCGUCAGAGUAUGCUUCUUUCCCAGGAUGGCGGAUCCCGUGAUCGCAGCAGUAUGGGAAUAAACGAUCACAAGAUGGAAGAAGAAAGCAGCGAUGAUGACGAUGAGAAAGUCGAUGUGGGAAGUGUGGCCGAUCUGAGACCCAAUUUUUGUUUCUCUGGCGAACAAGAAGUGCCUAGUAAUGGGCUUAGGUCUAAAGAAAACACCAAUGAAACACCUAAGCGGGAUUCCUACAGUUUAUCUGGAAGUCUUGACAAGAACCGUACCUCACCAACGGCACCUAGCCCCAUCGUGAGCAGUGAAGGUGGACCAAGUGUCAGCGUGUCAUCUUCCUUUCCUCCAUCUCACAUGAUGCCCUACCUCUACACAUCAGGACUAUACUUGCCCCCUCCGCCUGGGGUGUUCCUUCCGGGAGGCAAUCCUGCGCCGUUUCCUUUAGCUGGGCCUUUCGGACAAAGUCCAUCAACGUCUUCUUUCCACCCAAAUCUUCUGUACAACGCUCAUCUAGCGAUGUCGCAGUCGUUGUUCAACCAAAGCUACUCACCUACCUCCGAUCCUAUGAAGUACCACCACCAAAGGUUUUGGCCAUAUCCUGUGGUUACAACACCUGUGUCGCUUUCUGGCUCCCAACCGGUGCUGUCGGAACUACGAUCACCCAUCUCAACAGGCUCUCCUUACGAUAGCAGUCAUUUUAAGUGUUCCUCGUCUCCUGGUUCGGAUGGCGGAACCAGCUCUGUAGGAUCUUCUUCCAGCGACUUGAAAAGCAUGGAGAAUAUGGUGAAUGGUCUUGAGAGGCAGCAAGGCAUGCCAGUAACUCUGUCUACGUUGAGGGAUAAAUAAAUCUAGACAUCUUUAGAGCAUGGUUGUGUUUCUUUAUGAAAAUUUUUAUGAGUGCUUCCUGAAAGUCCAUUUUACGUAAAGUAAGGAUUCUACCCAAAGCCUGGAAAACUUCGUGCUGUGUUUGCUGCUAUUUAGUCAUUGUUCUGUAUGAUACAGGGACAUACGCAUUAAGCUUUACCGGUGGCCGCAGUUGAGCAACUGACUGUUUAUAGUUGAAUCAAUUGUUUGGCUUUAUGUACAUAGGACAAUAAUGAGAUAGGAUAAAAUAUUAUGAUAAAUAUUCUAUAUGUCCUCUGUUUUUUAAAGCACUCAGUAGUGCACAGUUGAAUUAAUUUGUGUAACAAAAUGAGUUAAUCCAAUCUGAACGUCGAAACUUUAUAAUUCUGAGUGAAUAAGUAAAUUGUGAGAGUUUUUGUCAAUAAAAAAAGCUGAAUAAUUUCGUUCUUCUGGAGAAAUGGAAGAAUUUACUAACAAACCGUAGCAGUUAUUAUAGCGUGGCAUUAUAAUUAAAUUUAUGCUUGAAAAGUGCAUGAAUAAAAACGAUUAAACUCUUAAGCCUACCAUUAUUAAAACAUAGUUAUAUAAUACUUAAUUCCUCCCGAGAUGCUUAUUCCAGAUAUGUUACCUAAUAUUUUUUUAGAUGUGGUCUGUGUUUUACACAAAAUCUUUGUUUCAAUAAGCUGAACUCAAAUAUGACAAGAAAUUUAAAUAUUUUAUAUUUCUUUUCAUGACAAACAUUCAGUUCAGAAUCAUAUUUGAAUAAUUAGUGUUUUAGAUCACCAUUUUUGUGGUAAUAUUCAAAGCACUCAACGUAGCGUGGAACAGGUAAUUUGUUUUAAAUCCUAGUAGUUUGUAAUUUAAUUAUAUAUGUAUGCCUCUUUAAUGAAUUUCUGUCAAAACCUAUUCAAUUUAAAUUCGGUGACAAGUUUUAACUCAUUAACAAUUAAAUGCUUUCCUUGCCUCGCUUUAUACAGUAAUAUAAAUUUCAAAAAUAGUUCAGAGUAGGUUUGAUGUAUAUCCAUGUGAUUCAUAUAUAUUUGAUGUUGCAUCCGGGAAAUGAAUUAAUAAAUAAAUAAAGGAAAAUAAAUCUUUUUGGAACAAUUAAAUUGGCAGUUCAAAAACGUAUUUUAAAAAUUCCGUUAUGUUAAUAUUUUCAGUUUGAAAAUGCAGUAAUCAUUGGUUUUGUCUUUUUUAAUAUCGUGUUUCAUAAAAUUGUUUCCAUUUCCAAGAUUCAAUUCUGCCGCGAACGGAUCAUAUGUUCCAAAUAAUUUAGCUUUCUAAAAAAGUUUUCACACUAUGUAAUGAAAUUAAUAUAAUCUAAUGUUCUGUUAUACUUUCGUUUUGAUUUUAGAAUCUACUUUUGCAGUUUUGUGGAAAAUUAUUGUAUACGCAGCUGUCUAGGAUAUAAACCUUUUUCUUGCCAGUAUGGAGAACGUCAAUAAUUUUGUUGAACCAAAUAAUAAUUGAAGCUAUUUACUACAAUGCUGUCCGUAUCUGUAAUUCCCAAAGCCUUCACUGUCAGGGUAAAUAGUUAAAUAUGUUAACUGAUCGACCUGCAUGUCUCAUGACACCGAUCUUGUUUGACUUUGAUUGUUUGAUUAUUAGGGUCCUUAGCAAUGUGAUAUAACGGCUUAUACUAGAGCAGGGUUUCUUAAACGUUUUUGAGUCGCGACCUCUUUUUAUCACUGAGAUUUUUUUCGCGACCUCAGGGCCCCCAUAAUAUUUACGAAAGUUUUGUAGGACCCUGUAAGCAUUGCCCAAAUCUGACACAUGCGUGAGUGAAACUGACAAUCUUUUCACUUGUACUGUAAUAUACUAUUGCAGUUUUAGGUCAUUAACUUUAAUUUCUAAUAUUAAGACAUACAACAGUGUGAA